AUGGCUAGCCGCGGCGGGGCAUUCGCGUUCGUUGCACUGUGCUUGCUCGACCUCGCGCUGCACGGCGCCGCGGAGCCCCUCGCGCCGGCGAUGUUCGUGUUCGGGGACUCCACGGUGGACGUCGGCAACAACAACUACCUGAAGAAGUGCAAGAUCGAGUGCAAAGCUGACUACCCGCGCUACGGCGUCGACUACCCCGACCAGGCACCCACGGGCCGGUUCAGCAAUGGCUACAACUUGGCGGACCAGCUAGCUCAACUCCUUGGCUUUCCCGAGAGCCCACCACCUUUCCUCUCCCUCCCGAACGACAGCCUCAUUCCACAGAUGAGCAAAGGCAUCAGCUUCGCGUCAGGAGGGUCGGGGCUCCUUGAUAACACCAGCUCCCAUGCGUGUGGCGAGGUGUUGUCCAUGACCAAUCAAGUCCGGAACUUCACAAGUCUUGCUCGGCAGUGGAAAAUCGAAAACCAGACGGCGGCUGAUCUCGUCACCAAAUCUCUCUUCUUCAUCAGCGUCGGCAGCAACGACUUGUUCGAGCACGCCGAUAUCACGGUGGAUAACCGUAACGACACCGAAUUCUUGCAACUCCUCGUCGCCUCCUACUCGAGCUAUCUGAAGGACUUGCACAGAGCCGGGGCCAAAAAGUUCAGCGUGGUGAGCCCGUCGCUGCUGGGGUGCUGCCCGUCGCAGAGGCUGAUAGCACAGGAGAGCAAGGACUUCGACAAGUACGGCUGCUUCGGCUCGGCGAACAACCUCUCCAAGCAGUUGUAUCCCAUGAUCGCCUCCAUGCUGCACGACCUCACUCUGGAGCUGCCCGGCAUGAACUACUCCCUCGGGGACUCGAUCAGGAUGGCCGAAGGGGUCUUCAACAACACGCACACGCCUGCCUAUAACUUCACGGUGCUGAGCAAAGCGUGCUGCGGCGUAGGCGAUUUCGGCGCGAGCGGGUGCAACUCCUCGGUUCCCCUGUGCCAGAACCGCGCCAACUACAUGUUCUGGGACAAGUUCCACCCGACCGAUGCCGCGUCGGCGGUCACCGCGAAGGAGCUCUUCGGCAACACCGGGUCCUUUGUCCACCCGAUCAACGUGCAGCAGCUAGUGACGUCGCAGCCGUAG